AUGGUGAGACCGCAGAAUGCGCUGGACGAAAUCGCUGGUACUGCCACUCUGCCUUCUAUCCCGAUGGAUUCGGAGCUGAGAAGGGUGGAUGAGAAAAAGUCUAGUCGUUCGUUCAAGGCUUUUGAAAUCAUUCAGAGGGAAGAGAAUAAAGGAUUGAUGGUAUUGCCCCACAAGUCGAAUCCGUUAGAUGUGCAGUGUAGUAUUAUCACUGUUGAAGCGACGAGUGAAGUAAGGUUCUUUGUGGCAGGAAAUGCUCCUGUCUUAUCGAUGUGCGUUUCUAUUGGCAAUCCCUAUGAGAGGCAUGGCGAUUGGCCUUCAUCACACUCCCUUUUAGAUUCCAGACGAUACGCAUCCUCAAUACAUCAUAUCUUACAGAGGUUCUCUAUUCUCUAA